CAUCUACUUCGACAUCUGCGUUUGUCUGACCUCACGAUGCAACUAGUCGUCCUCGCCUCCCUCGCGGCGUACGCCUCCGCGCACGCGACCUGGCAGCAGUUCUGGAUCGGCGAUGAGGAUGCGGGCAACUCCUGCGUGCGCCUGCCGCCGAGCAACUCGCCCGUGACCGAUGUGUCUAGCGCGGCCAUGGCGUGCAACGCCAACCCCGCUGCCAGCUCGGGCGUUUGCACCAUCGCUGCCGGCUCGGAGGUUACGGUCGAGAUGCACCAGCAAAACGGUGACCGCUCGUGCGCGAACGAGGCCAUCGGUGGUCAGCACUACGGCCCGAUGAUGGUGUACUUAGCUGCCGUUGACGAUGCUACCAGCGCCGAUGGCGCCUCCGCUGGCUGGUUCAAGAUACAUGAGAUGGGCCUUGUGAGCAACAACCCUGACUACUAUGGGAACCAGGUCCUGAAUGACAACUGUGGGCAUUACACGGUGACGAUCCCUGAGGACAUCGCGCCCGGCCAGUACCUGCUCCGCGCGGAGACGAUCGCCCUGCACACCGCCAGCCAGCCCGGCGGUGCGCAAUUCUACAUGUCCUGCUACCAGGUCGAGAUCACUGGCGGUGGCUCUGCCAAACCGCCCACUGUCAAGAUCCCGGGUGCUUACAGCGCUUCUGACCCGGGCAUCCUCGUCGACAUCCAUAAGGAGCUCGACACCUACGUUGUCCCGGGUCCAACCCCGUACGGCUACACAGCGCCUCCCCCUGCUACGACUGCCUGGCCAUCGACCCCGACGUGGAACACGGCGCUCCAGCCGUCGACGGUGCCGACUGUCGUUCCGGCGUAAAUGUAUCAUUGAUUGGGUUAGUACUGGGCGUACGAGGAGUAUGGAAUGGAUUUGUACUUUACUUACUUUGAGCUGGUCAAUGUCAAGGUCUGCGAUGGAUGACACGA